GUGGUCACACCGCAGUCAACAGUUGUCGCUUUCGCUGGAAAGCAGCUGAAAACAAGUGAAUUUCUGAAUUAAAAACAUUUUCAAACAUGUUUUCGGUUACUUGUGUGGCGCCCGUAAACAUAGCGCUCAUCAAAUAUUGGGGAAAGCGGCACGAAGAGCUAAUUCUGCCCGUCAAUGAUUCCAUUAGCAUGACUCUGAGCACCGAUGAGCUCUGCGCCAAGACAACAGUGACUGCAUCGGAAUCCUUUGAAACGAAUCGCAUGUGGCUGAAUGGGGAGGAGGUGCCUUUUGAAGAGAGUUCCCGCCUGCAGCGCUGUUUGAAUGAAGUUCAUCGAUUGGCUGUGGCGAGUGGCUCCCAGAAGGUUCCGCCAACCUGGAAGCUGCACAUCGCAUCGGUAAACAAUUUCCCCACCGCCGCCGGACUGGCAUCCAGUGCAGCUGGCUACGCCUGCCUGGUGUACUCCCUGUCCCGACUCUACGAUAUACCGCUGAAUGAGGAGCUGACGACGGUGGCGCGGCAAGGAAGUGGAUCGGCAUGUCGCAGUCUGUAUGGCGGUUUUGUGCAGUGGCAUCGCGGAGCUCUGGAUGAUGGCAGCGAUUCGGUGGCGAGGCAAAUAGCUCCAUCCGACCACUGGCCCAACAUGCAUGUGCUCAUCCUGGUCGUUAACGAUGCACGCAAGAAGACUGCCUCGACAAGGGGCAUGCAACAGGCGGUGAAGACGUCUCAGUUGAUCAAACAUCGCGUGGAUCAAGUGGUUCCCGACCGGAUUAUCCGAUUGAGGGAGGCCAUCGCAAGCCAUGACUUUCAGGCAUUCGCCGAGAUAACGAUGAAGGACUCGAAUCAGUUCCAUGCCAUCGCCCUGGACACCUAUCCGCCGUGUGUCUACAUGAACGAUGUGUCGCACAGUAUCGUGUCCUUCGUUCACGAUUAUAACGAACGAAUGGGUAGCUAUCAUGCCGCGUACACCUUCGAUGCUGGUCCAAAUGCAUGCCUCUAUGUCCUGGCGGAGCACGUUCCGCAUCUCUUGAGCGCUAUCCAAAAGGUGUUCCCCAAUGAUUUAGCGGAUGGUGGCACCUACUUGCGAGGCCUUCCCAUUCCAAAAGUGCAAGAUGCUGAGAGCAGCAAGUUGGAUUCACUAGAUGUUCAUGCUAAAAAUGCUUUCAGAUAUAUAAUCCACACGAAAGUCGGUGAAGGACCAAAAGAAUUAAGCGCUGAUAAUAGUUUAUUGAUAAAUGGACUUCCGCUGAAGUGAUGAGAGUGAUUUUGAGAGUGAAUUGCAUAGGGAAAGGCACAGAAAUUCUAUAAAGGAAAUAUUUUUUAGAAUAUAUUUAUGCGAAAAUACAUUUAUCAAAAUGUACAAUGGGGCACAAUGUAUAAACAUUUAAAAUGCGCACGAUUAUUCAUUAUUACGUGACUAAAUUUGAAUAUCUCAAUUGCAACAACUUAAUUUAUUCUCUUUAUUUAUUUUUACCUUAUUUAUUUAUGAAUUCCGGUGAACAAAUGAUUGGCUAUUUUUAAAUAAAAUUAUGAAAAACGGAAAUCAAUUCUAAUUGCAAUUUUAGCUAACCUUGGUUUAUACAUUUAUUUUGCAUUUGUAUUUAUGCUAUUUAUAGAAAAUCAACAAAAUACGCUUUGUAAACACGAACUUCUUUCAUUUCGAUUUUGAAUGCUUUUUGUGGGGUCGCAGUGCAAACAUUUGUUUGAAUAGAAUAAUUUAUCGUUUUGAAAUAUGUUUAUUUAUGCACAUACAUUUAAUUGCUUUGUGCAAAGUAAACAGCGGCGGCUUUAGAAAAUUCUGAACUGAAAAUUUUUUGUAUUGCUUUAGCAUAUUGAUGUUAUUUUAGCUAAAUUUUUACAAAAAAAUUGACAAAAAAUGAAUCCUUAAAAAAUGGUUCGCAUUUGUAAUAUUCUGUGCAAACAGUCAUUAUUUUAGGUUUGCGACCAACUUGUGAUAAAAAAAAACCGCCCAAAAGAGUAUAGUAAAACAACCAUUUCAACAUUCUACGUUUUCUUUGCCUUGCUAAGAAAAUAUUUAUUAUUAUUAUUAUAUUAUU